UGCAUCACCUUUGUGAUCGGUCUUGAUUGUGUUCAACUCUUCAAUAUUGCUUGUCAGUUGCAACCCAAACUCAUACCAUUUGGUGGUACGAAUGUUGUUGAACAGAUCUCUCAGGUUUGGAUGACUUGGCCCCUGUCUCGCUUGCUCCACACUUGCUCCAGCAGUGGAAAGGCAAAAAGAUUAAUUGUGAAAAUUUUGCAUGGGAUAUUACUCACCAGUUUGUCGUAGUUUUGGCUUUA